UUUUGGUAUACACAAUAACAAUAAUUCGAAUUCCCUGAAAAUAGUGUUAGCACGGACAACUUAAGCGUUGUACCAUCACAUCGUUGAAUAAAACUUAUUUUUGAUGCUGCAGUGUUUUAUUUUCAAAAAUAUUAAGAAUUAAAUAUUAUUCAGAAACUGUUAAACUACAAAAUGAUGCUUAAUUAUUGUAUUGGCCUGUUCAUUGCAAAGACGGUGGUAGCUAAAAUCCCGUCAAGUGGAAUACGAAAGUUUAGUAAAAGCUCUAAUUUAGGCAAAUUUUUGUCUCAUUCACCAAAUACUUAUCUGGAUAAAAGUAUUCUAAAUCGGUAUAAAGACUUAAAAAUUUCCACUAAGCAUAUUCAGGCAACGUAUCUGUGGAUCGAUGGUACUGGGGAAAAUUUAAGAUUAAAGAAACGAGUUUUGGAGGCUCCAUGUAGUGCUGUGGAAGAAUUACCCAAAUGGCAAUACGAUGGUAGUUCAACGUACCAAGCAAAGGGGCAAAAUUCAGAUAUGUCACUAAUUCCACGUGCUAUUUAUAGAGACCCUUUCAAGGGGAACACAGAUGAUAUUAUCGUCAUGUGUGACACAUACCAUGCAGAUGGACAACCUUCCAAGUCAAAUAAAAGAAAUUCUCUGAUGAAGGCAAUGGAAAAAGUUAUUUCAGAAGAACCAUGGUUUGGAAUCGAACAAGAAUACACAUUGCUUGAUGUCAACAAACAGCCUUUUGGAUGGCCUAUGAAUGGUUUCCCAGCACCUCAAGGUCCAUAUUACUGUGCCGUUGGAGCUGAUAGAGUGUUUGCUCGUGAUAUUACUGAGGCCCAUGCCAUGGCGUGUUUGUAUGCGGGAAUUGAUUUUGGCGGAACAAAUGCAGAGGUUAUGCCAGCUCAAUGGGAAUACCAGGUAGGCCCUUCUCUGGGAAUGAAGGCCGCCGAUGAUCUCUGGGUAUCACGAUACAUACUUCAUCGCAUUGCGGAGGAAUUUGGAGUUGUUGUUACUCUAGACCCGAAACCAGUUGAAGGGCAGUGGAAUGGUGCUGGUGCUCAUACGAACUUCUCAACCAAGUCAAUGCGUGCUGAGGGUGGAAUAAAAUCCAUUGAAGAGGCCAUACAAAAACUAUCCAAACACCAAGAACGCCAUAUUCGUGCUUAUGACCCUCGCGAGGGUAAGGACAAUGAGCGUCGUUUGGUUGGACGGCUUGAAACUUCGAGUAUUGAUACGUUUUCGUGGGGUGUUGCUAAUCGAGGUGUAAGUGUUCGCAUUCCAAGGGGUGUAGCAGAUGCUGGAAGAGGAUAUUUGGAAGAUAGACGACCCAGUUCGAAUUGUGACCCAUACGCUGUCUGCGAUGCUAUUAUUAGAUCUUGUUUAUUGGAAUAAAAUUAAUUUAUUUCUAUUUUAAAUAAAAUCUUCACAUAUUGUUGACGCAUGAAUAAAAACAUUAAACAAACAUACAUACAUACACAUAUAUA